AUGUCUCGCGUGCUUUUUGUCUUUCACGCAGAUCGUGGGCAUUUUAACUUCUGCAUUCCGCUGGCACGGGCAUUGUCCAAGUGCGGGCAGACGUGCGAGUUGUGGACAAAUUCCAACUGUGCAGAGUGGGUAAAGCCCGGUGUAUUUCACGAAGUUCGGUUGGAUCUGGGGCGUUGCAACCUGCCUGCCAUCACAGCUGCGUACAAGUCUUGUGUCAGCUCCGGCGAUACGGAUGCAGACGGGCAGAAAGCCCUGUUCCUCGAUGAUGGCGCUGCAUUCAAGCACAUAAUGGCAUGCCACGGGCCGAUGGUACCCUCGAGCGAAGGGGAAGGUUUCGGUGAAAUGAAUCCGGUGUCGGCCCUUGGCGUGACGGCUUUCGAAGAUCGACUGGCGCAGGCGGAUGUACAGUGUGUGGUCUUCGAAGCAGUUUGGGGCAAGUGGUCACAUGAUUUGGCAAUUGCUCAUGGGAAGAAAGCGUUCGGUUUGAUGCCGUCCUACCGGGAACCGUUCAGAGCAGCCUACUGUCACGAUGCUGUUUGGGACUUUGACAACCAGUGCAUCGUGAGGAACCGAGCAGAAGACAUUGACAGCUUUCAGCAAUUUCCGCCGGAGGCAGUCUCCUACAUUAUCGCAAACUGCUUGGUGGGGAAAGCUGUAGAUUCAGGAGGUCGUCGACGCUUUGGAGCUUUUCUCCCAAGCCGCGAGGAUGCUGAUGUUUGCGAUGUUGAGCUGCAGAACUGGCUUGAUGGUGCAGCGGAAUCGGACGUUCGGACCGUCACAGUUGUAGCGUUGGGAAGCCAGACCACUCUCGCAGGCGUGUGUGAGAAUGCUGAGGAGAGGCUGCUGCAGGGCUGUUUGUUGGCCUCACCCCGUGUGCUGGCCGUGUUGAAGGAGACUGCGAGACAGUUGAGUCCGACGCUGCUGAAGGCGGUAUCUUGUGGAAGACUUCGCUGUUCAACGUACCUGCCGCAGUGGGCGGUCUUGAGCCAUCCUUUGGUGCGGUGUUUCGUGUCGCAUGGUGGUGCGAAUUCCACGCACGAAGCACUGGCGUGCGGUGUUCCUGUGGUUCCACUUCCGUUCUUCGAUGAUCAGUUCUACAUUGCAAGCCGCCUGGAGGAGCUGUAUGGCUACACUUGCAAGUUGCGGAAGGCAACGCUUCGAAGCGAUGCAGCCAUCGAGCAGGUGGCGGCUUCAGUGCGAGAGGGUCUGGCGGUGCCCGAUGCGACGUUGCAGCACUGGCGUGAUGAGGUAUUGAAAGAGGAGGGUGCAGCAACUGCUGCACAGCAAGAAACGGUGCUUUUGUACAGAUGGAAAGAGCUGUGUACAGAGCCCCGAGAGCAUCUCGAGCACUUCCUUGGAGCGAUUGUUCCACGCCUCCUCGAAGUACUCACAGAUCUGGCUUGCGGUAAAGGGCGCAAGGCUGUUCGCCGGUGUGGUCUUUGGAAACUGGCACUGGAGGCUUUGUUCUACUUGGUGGAAGACAGCCUGGCAGGUGUUGCGCGUUGUGAGCUAGAACCUGAUGCAGCCAAAAGAUAUUGGGAUGCGUUGAUUACUUGCUUCUCAAAGGUCCUUGGUGAGGCGCUCCCAGCGCGGCCUGAAGACAAUGCCGGUGCUCUGCUAUCGCAGGUGCUGGGGAAUCUUCUCAUGCAACGGAUUCUGCCAUGCUCAAAGACACCAGCAAGUGUGGCAGAAGAUGCCGUUCAUCUGCUUCAGGUUCUCGUCAGUCAGCAGGGCAUGGGUUCGUCGAGCCUCAG